ACCUGACAAAGAAUCACCCUUAUUACGCCUUGAGUAAGAAACUCAGUUUAAUACCACAUCUCUGGCGUUACACUUCGGUUUCCAGGUUGAUCACUUGAGGCAAAUACAGCAAGCCGACUUGAUUCAACAUGCCUGAGCACUACAUCAACCCGGCUAGGCCAAAAAUCCGCUUCUCACUGCUAGAAUGUAUCGCAAUCGGUAUGGGUGCCGGAGUGGUUGGGGUUGCAACUAUGACACUAUUCGAAAAAGCUGAGCAGGCCCUCACUCACAGACCGAAUUCGGAGGUCCCAGGCAAGACGCUGUCGCGACUGUUCAAUCUCAACUAUGAAUCUUCGCCAUUCGCGAUCAAUCAUACCAUGCAUUGGGGUCAGGGAAUUCUGGCUGCUGGGAUCCGCGGCCUGAUGGCAUACAAUGGCAUUGUUGGACCAUUUGGCAGUUUUCUUUUCAUGGGCGUGAGAUUACUCAUCGACCAGACCCUCGAAAACGCGACUGGUGUUGGCACUCUACCAUGGACAUGGCCAGUAAACGAACAGAUCAUUGACCUUGUGCACAAAGCUGUUUUUGCUUUCACGACCGGAUAUGUGGCUGACCGAUUGAUCCUCGGAGAAGCACCUAAUGCUUGAAAUGCUUGCAGCAUCGGGAGCUGAGAAUUGAAUGUGGCAGCAAAAGCUCAAGAUGUGGUCAGGCGUAGAGAUGCCGUAUUUGACGAGAACAUCAGCCUCACCGCGAGCAGCGGUGG